UAUGCCAUAUUUAGAUGUCAGAAUCACAACAAAAUUGAUUCACAUAAUCACAUUAAAUAUAACGAAUAGAGUACAUUUGUACACAUAUUCUCUUUGCUUCUUCUUCUUUUUCAAUCUGUCGGGCUUCUAAGGUAACAUUUUAGUUUUAGUCUAUUUAAUAUACUUUCGUGUUUUAUGGUUCUGCUUUUCAUAUUUUACAUAUUGGGUUGUAGAGACUAGAGAUUUUAAUUACUAGCUAGCUAUUUUGCUAUGCGAUUGAGCUAAUGAAAGUAGUUUUGGUCAAUAUGUCCAUUAUUCGGAUUUAAUGUGUUAUAUGUCUCUCAGUGUAUACACUUUUUGUAUUCAGACUCAUCUUUUAAAAAUUUCAAGUUCUGUAUCCAGUGAAGGCAGUAAUUAUACUUUUCGGAGCUGAAAAAAAAAAAAAAAAAAAAAAAAAAAACUCUUUAAAAUUUGCACAGGAUUAUAAUGGAGUCAGGAACAUCAGAUCCAGGGAUCGAUGAAGCUAGUAAUCAUUUCACAUGGAAAAGAUUGAUUAAAGAGGUAAAGAAGGUGAGUCUGCUUGCAGCACCGAUGAUAACAGUGGCAAUACUCCAAUAUAUGGUGCAAGUCGUGGCGUUGAUGAUUGUUGGACAUCUUGGGGAACUUCCUUUGGCUAGUGUUUCUAUUGCCCUCUCUGUUACCAACAUCUCCGGCUUUAGUCUUUUUAUUGGACUAUGUGGUGGGUUGGAUACAUUAUGUGGGCAAGCAUAUGGAGCAAAACAAUACAAAAAAAUUGGAACAUACAUUUACAGUGCAAUAAUAUCUCUGCUUUUUAUUUGCAUUCCUAUAAUCCUAUUAUGGAUUUUCAUGGACAAAGUACUGAUUCUAAUAGGGCAAGAUCAUCAAAUCUCAGUUGAAGCACAAAAAUUUGCAGUUUGGCUAAUCCCAGGACUCGUAGCAAGCGCUUUCUACGAUCCCUUGGUUAGAUUUUUACAAUGCCAAAGUCUUGUUAUCCCUCUGCUAAUGAAUUUUGCAGUUGUUCUUGGUAUAACCACUUUAUCAUGCUGGAUUUCUGUGUAUAAAUUGAAUUAUGGAAUUCAAUCAGUUGCCUUCUCUCUUAGUCUUUGCGGUUGGCUCAACGUUCUGUUUCUUGGGAUUUACAUCAAGUGUUCUUCUAUUUGUGAGAAAACUCGUACACACUUCUCCAAAGAAGCUUUCUACAAUAUCUGGCUUUUUCUUCGGUUUGGCUUCCCUGCUGCUUUAAUGAUUUGCCUCAAGUGGUGGGGUUUUGAAGCUGUGGUGUUGCUUUCAGGUCGCCUUCCCAAUCCACAACUCGAGACAUCAGUGCUUUCCAUAUGUCUCAACAUAUCAACAUUACUUUUCACAGUUCCAGUCGGAUUAGGUGUUUCAGUAGGCAUAAGAGUGGCAAAUGAGCUAGGUGCAGGAAACGCAGAAGCUGCAAGGUUAUCUGCCUGGGUUGUAACAAGUGCAGUUGUAAUAGAGACCUUUGUAGCGGGUGUGAUUCUGUUUUGUAUUCGACAUAUAGUGGGAUACGCUUACAGUCAUACCGAACAAGUUGUGAGUUAUGUUGCAACAUUGGCCCCCUUCCUUUGCCUUUCCAUCAUCACUGAUGGCCUACAGAUGGUCCUAUCUGGAGUUGCAAAAGGAAGUGGAUGGCAGCGUAUAGGAGCAUAUGUGAACCUGGGAGCAUUUUACAUAGUCGGAAUCCCAGUAGCAAUAGUGCUCGCUUUUGUUCGCCAUUUGAAUGCAAAGGGUCUAUGGAUUGGUAUUUUAGUAGGGUCAAUCUUGCAAUCGAUACUGCUGAUCACAAUUGCCGCUCUUACAAACUGGCAAAAACAGGCUAUCAAAGCAAGAGAGAGGGCAGCUGUAGGUAAUGGUGAACUGAGAACUAGCAACACUCAAUGAUGAUGAAGAACCACCAAAUUUUGAGAUCAAGUGUUGUUUUACUGCCUCAGCCUCAUUGACUACAGCCUGAUAUAGUUGUUUGUAUGGGACUAAUCAAUAUGUUCAAUAAAAAUAAACCUCAAUUGAAUGUAGUUUUGAAUGUAAGUUUUGAAUCAAAAUAUUUUUGCAAUGUAGUUUUGAAUGCAAGUUUUAGCUGAGAGAAGUCCCAAAACUUCCAAACAAAUAGAGUUACAGUGACAAUUUUAAUGGGCACCUUAUAUGAAUCUUUCUCAUUAUCUCGCCUUCCCAACAUGCAUUAGAUAUCCAACCAAAGGAAGGUGUAUCCCUCCUUUUCUCUUCUCUUCCUUUCCCUCCAUUUCUCUCUAUCCAAACAUAUUGUAUGUAGAGUGAAAAUUACACACCCAUCUUUAACCGAUUAUCUAAGGCUUCAAUAAUCAAAUUCUUCAUUCAAUAAUCAGGUAGCUAACUUUAGUAAAUGAGCCUCAUAGUCCAACUAUAUUGGACAUAAAUAAUCAAAAUUCCAAUCAUAUAAUUAGAGAAUUACUCAAUUACCCACCUUUAUGGUAUAUAUAAUCUGUUCAGUUUGAAUAAUGACAAUAAAUAAAUAAAAUCAAGUCAAAUAAUUACAAACCAUUGCUCUUCUAUUGC